UCCCUCACUCCUCAGAUAGUCCAAGGAUAUCUCGAGGAGAGGAAGCACUGAGAAGGAAGACUUCACGACGUCAAGACAUUUUUCUACGUUUAUACAUUUUUAUCUCAAUUAGUCUUUUUUAUUUUGAUCUGUUUUCGGUAAGAGGGACGUGGAACUUUACCAUGGCAGCAGUGGCUGUGCUGAGGACGGAAACUCUCCAGGCUUUUCUUCAGGAUCGUACUCCGAACUCCUCGCCAGAGAACUGCAAGCACUCUCCACUGGCGCUACUGGCUGCCACUUGUAACAGAAUCGGACAUCAUCACGGAUCAAGUCCUGCAGAUUUUCUCCAGGUUCCCUAUGACGCAACCUUAGGUUCCCCUUCGCGUAUUUUCCACCCGUGGAGUAGCGAGGGGAAUCAUCAAAGCACUUUGUCUAGCAAUUCAACUUUCGGACUAUCCUCCAAAUCCCAGCUCUCAGCGCACAUCCAAAGCUCCUUUACUACCCACCACGAGCUCCCUCUUACCCCUCCAGCGGACCCCUCAUACCCCUAUGACUUUUCCCCGGUGAAGAUGUUGCCGUGCUCCAUGCAGUCGUUACAGUCAACAUGCCCACCCACGUACGUUCCCGCGGUUUCUUACGCAGCGCCAACUUCCAUUCCGCCUGCCAUGUCAGGUUUCGUUACGGGACAUUCUGGCCUUGUGCACCAGCAACAGAGACAGCUGUCCCCAAACCCCGGGGAGGAUAUUCCGUGGUGGAGUCUUCAGCAGGGGAAUCACGUCAGUCACCCGUCAUCCCUGGGUCCUCAUCGGUUCCAGCUGCAGAGGGGGUUGGUGCUGGGGCAUACAGACUUCGCACAGUAUCAGACACAGAUCGCUGCCCUCCUUCACACCAAAUCGCCCCUCGCUACUGCCCGCCGUUGCCGUCGAUGCAGGUGCCCGAACUGCCAAUCCUCGACCUCGAACGACGAACCCGGGAAGAAGAAGCAACACAUUUGCCACAUUCCAGGCUGCGGGAAAGUUUACGGUAAAACUUCCCACCUCAAAGCGCACCUCAGGUGGCAUUCUGGAGAGCGCCCGUUUGUUUGUAACUGGCUUUUCUGUGGCAAGAGCUUCACCAGGUCGGACGAGCUGCAGAGGCACCUGAGGACCCACACGGGGGAGAAGCGCUUUGUUUGCCCGGACUGUUGUAAGAGGUUCAUGAGGAGUGACCAUUUGGCAAAACAUGUCAAAACUCACCAGAACAAAAAAAUUAAGUGUCACGACAAGACGCUUGAUCACGUCAAAAGGGAAGACAUGAGGAAUAUGUUGUAGCCCACGUUAGAGCCAGUUCGAUAGUAUUCACUAGUGCAAUAAAAGUCCUAUAGUUGAAGUACAAAGUAAGCUACAAUAUAAUUAGUCUAUUUUGUUUCCCUUUCGGUUCUUUCCUACGUAUUGAAAAUUGUCUCUAACAUUGCUGGUCUGUGUAGACAUUUUUUUGUAUAUGAAGUCUGUCUCAUAAGUUCAUUUGGGAUUCUAGAAAAAGUAACUUGUACCAUGAGCUGGUAUUCACUGUAACAUAUCAUAUCAAGGAAGGCAAGUGUUUAACUUGUGAAUUGAUCAUGUCUUCGGUGGAAGAUUUCACUCUCUUGUACAUAAUAUUUAAUAGCUUUUGUUGAAUGAAAGUGUCUUGUUUUAGCUCCUAAUGGGGUGCUUAGCAUGCUCUUAAAAAGAUAUGCUAUUGUUGAAAUGACCCAAAUACUGUGUGAGAAUAAAAAAAAAUCUA